UUGUGAUUGUGAAAGUUAUCUUUAAUUAUUUAUUUGUUUUAAUCAUAUUUUAAUUAAUUAUUCGUAUAAAUAAGGAAAAUGUCGUGUCGCAACGCUUCGCACGCUGGCAGCUGGUAUACCGAGAACGGUAAUGAAUUGUCACGCCAGUUGGACUUGUGGCUUUCUAAGGCUGAUCUCACUCAUGGACCGGCGAGAGCUAUAAUUGCACCCCACGCGGGAUACUCCUAUUGCGGCGCAUGCGCAGCUUUCGCUUACAGACAAAUUAGUCCUGUCGUUGUUAAGCGUAUUUUCAUCCUGGGUCCCUCUCAUCAUGUGAGGCUCGGUGGCUGCGCGCUCUCGUCGCUCGACAAGUAUCAAACGCCUCUCUACGACCUCACUAUUGAUAAACAGAUUUACGCGGAACUGGAAGCGACUCGUCAGUUCGAAUGGAUGGACGUACAGACGGACGAAGAUGAACAUUCCAUAGAGAUGCACCUUCCGUACAUAGCCAAGGUUAUGGAGGAAUACCAAACCGGCUUCACAAUCAUCCCGAUUCUCGUCGGUUCCCUGUCACCUGAGAAAGAGGCCAAGUACGGCGCUAUCCUGGCUCCGUACCUCGCUGAUCCUCAGAACCUGUUAAUCAUAUCCUCAGAUUUCUGUCACUGGGGGAGCAGGUUCCGUUACACGUGGAAGGAUUCAAGUCGAGGACAAAUCUAUCAGAGCAUCGAGUGGUUGGAUAAACAGGGUAUGGACAUCAUUGAGAAGAUGGAUCCUCGCAUGUUCACUGAUUAUCUCAAUAAGUAUGGCAACACCAUCUGUGGAAGGCAUCCCAUAGGUGUACUAUUGCAGGCGAUAGCAAAACUACGCGGUCAGUCUAAUUCGCCUCGCAUGGCGAUGAAGUUUUUAAAGUAUGCUCAAUCGUCACAAUGCAUGAACAGCCAUGAUUCGUCAGUCUCUUAUGCAAGCGCCUCCCUUGUAUUCGAGUAAAACUUGACUGAAAAGGAUCUUCCGAAGAUCAUACAACCCAUACACACCUAAUAUUCAGUGUUUACAUCGUCGUUCUCGCCGUUCCCAACUAUGUUGGGGUCGGCUUCCAGUCUAACCGGAUUCAGCUAAGUACCAGUGUUUUACAAGGAGCGACUGCC